AUGAAAUUUCGCGACGGACAAUGGCUGGUGGCUGAGGGGGUGCGCGUCGAGUACGCCGAAGAGGUGUACCGAAUUACUCCCACGGCAUCAAACAAAGGGAUCAGUCUCCUGUGCCCGACGCGCAAGGUCAUGACUCGGGGAGAUACCCUGAAUCUGGGAACAGUCAGUCUGGACAUCGAAGCAGCAUUCGACGGUGUCAUCUCAAUCGAAGCCACCCAUUGGCAAGGCGCUGUCCGCCGUGGACCGGACUUUGACCUCUUCCCAGCCGGCCGCCCCGAUGCUGAGGCCAGGAUCACCAAGACUGAGACCGGCACGACCCUCACUGCCGGCAGUCUCUCAGCGACAGUUAGCGGCAAACCGCACGAAUUCAACAUUACUUUCCACUCCAGCGACAAGAAUGGAAAGCCCCUGACUACCCUCCUAAACCGCUCCGUGGGCUACGCCUACACGCCCGCCACGAGCAACCCGAAGCAGCUGGCGGAUAUGCGCAACAUCAAGCACUACACCUUCACACAAACCACGCUCGGUGUGGGUGAGUCCAUCCACGGCCUGGGCGAGCGCUUCGGCCCGUUCAACAAAGUCGGCCAGAAAGUGGAGCUAUGGAACGACGACGGCGGCACGUCGUCGGACCAGGCGUACAAGAACAUUAGCUUUUACCUGAGUUCUCGCGGGUAUGGCGUUUUCAUCGACACGCCCGAGCGCGUGGAGCUGGAAAUUGGCAGUGAGAGGUGCUGCCGUCUCCAGACGAGCGUAGAAGGUCAGCGCCUUAAGUGGUACAUCAUCCACGGGCCGUCGCCGCGGGAGAUCUUGAGCAAGUACUCCAUCCUCACCGGCGCACCGGGUGGCGUCCCAAGUUGGUCCUUUGGCUUGUGGCUAAGCACGUCGUUCACCACUUCGUACGACGAGAAGACGGUCAACAGCUUCCUGACGGGCAUGAAAGCCCGCGAUAUCCCCGUCGAGGUUUUCCACUUUGACUGCUUCUGGCUCAAAGCUUUCCAGUGGUGCGACUUUGAGUUUGACCGUGAGAUGUUUCCGGAUCCCAAGGGCCAGAUCAGCCGGCUCAAGGCGGACGGAAUCGUCAAAAAGGUCUGCGUGUGGACAAACCCCUAUUUGGGUCAAGCAUCGGCCGUGUUUGCGGAAGCCGCGGCCAAGGGGUAUCUGCUGAAGCGUAAGAAUGGCGACAUCUUCCAGUGGGAUCUCUGGCAGACAGGCAUGGGUAUCGUCGACUUCACCAACCCGGAUGCCUGCGCUUGGUUUGUGGGGUGUCUGGAGAAGCUGUUCGACCAGGGUAUCGACUCUAUCAAGACUGAUUUUGGCGAGCGUAUCCCAUUCGAGGAUGUGCAGUGGUUCGACACGUCGGUGGACCCCGGGAGAAUGCACAAUUUCUAUGCCUUCAUAUACAACAAGCUAGUCUAUGAGGCGUUGCAGAAACGCUACGGAAAGAACGAGGCCGUUCUGUUCGCGCGUACCGCCACGGCCGGAAACCAACGAUUCCCCCUCACUUGGGGUGGCGACUGCGAGUCGACGCCCGAAGCCAUGGCCGAAUCGGUCCGCGGCGGCCUCUCGCUCGGUUUGUCGGGGUUCGCCUUUUGGAGUGUGGACAUUGGCGGGUUCGAGGGGUCCCCGCCGCCGUGGAUCUACAAACGGUGGGUCGCGUUUGGCCUGCUCUGCUCCCACUCCCGUCUGCAUGGCUCCAACUCGUAUCGGGUGCCGUGGACGGUCGACGAUGACGACAAGACCGAGGAAGGCUGCUCCGCGACACUCCGCAAAUGGACGCAUCUCAAGGCGCGGCUCAUGCCGUACAUCUUUUCCCAGGCCCAGGAGUCGAUCAAGGGCGGCCUCCCGCUGAGCCUCCGAGCCAUGUGUAUCGAGUUUCCCGAUGACCCGACUGCGUGGACUCUUGAUCGCCAGUUCAUGCUGGGCGACAGCCUGCUCGUCGCGCCUAUCUUUGAAGAAGAUGGAACCGUACAGUUUUACCUCCCUCAGGGUCCGUGGACCAACUUUUUUAGCGGGGAGGUCAUAGUUGGAUCGGGCUGGCACACCCAAACGCAUGGAUUUGGGACUUUGCCGUUGUUCGUCCGACCGAACACUCUCCUGGUCCUCGGGAAAGAGGGUGAAACUCGGACGGUGUACGACUACACCAGCGACGUCGAGGUGAGGAGCUACUUUGCCGAAGACGGUGCUACCAUGAACUUGGUGGACAACCAGGGGAACUCAGUUGGGAAGUUGGAGAUGAAGGGAUCCGAAAUCCUGGGGUUGGAGCAACUCAAGGGGAACUCAACCGUUGCGGUGAUCAGUAAAUAG